UGUCUCGUAAAAACAAAUUUAUCUUAUUUUCAUUCAAGGCGAAACCAGCUAAAAAGGAGUUUUUGGGUUGAGAGAGACGAGUAUCUGAAAAAGAGAAAUCCAAACAUGAUUAUUAACAGUCUAGUCCCUCAUUUCCAUUUUCUGCUAAGUUCGAUUUGAAUGAGACCUCUAUCCUCCCUAUAAAACCCAAUUCCAAAAUCUACUCUAAUUAUGGAUUAUUUCUGCUGAUAGACGUAAAUAGUCUGUUCCCAGCUGUUAAGCCUCGCUGUACCCUCACAUUCAAAUUCUUGGAUAGACCCACUUGUUUUUUUCUUCUUUUUUUUUGCCCCCUUUGCUGAUAAAUAACAAGCACAUUGGAUCCAGACGCAAUUGUUUUUUAAUAACUGAACCGUGACCCACUUGUUUUUUUAAUCUUUCAAGCUUUUAUCUUCCGAUCCAUCUACAGCGUUCGAGGCAGAUAUAUAUAUAUAUAUAUAUAUAUAUUUGUUGAAUUCAGGUUGAAUUGGUUAUACAAGUUUCUGUAUAUUUUUCUGGAAUGACAAAUGGGAAGCCAAAUUUUAUUAGUAUGAAUAUGUUGUAGUUGUUUGAAGUAGCCGGAAAUGAGCAGAUCACCAUCAUUUUCGGUGAAAUCAGAAGCAGAUAAUUUAAAAAUAGAUGAAAAUUCCUUACAGCAAUGGGUAGUUGGGUUCUGUAUCAUUAGGUUUGAUCUAGAACAGGGACAGCUCAUUGAAGAGUGUUACCCCUCGGGCUGUCUAACGCAUAAUGAGGAGCUUGAAGUUGCGUUUAGCUCAUUUCCGGAUUCCGUUUCUCAGAAUCAUAACCGAUCAAGUAUCCAUGAUUGUAUCUUUUUCUUUCGUGUCCGGAGGCAGGGGAAUCCUCUGCCUUCAUCCGAGAUAGUUGAAGUGGAUGAUACUCGAGUGACAGCUACUGAUAAGGUGUUAAAACAACGGAGUAGAAUUCAAACGGGGACGAAUUCUAGAUAUUUGUAUGGUUUUGUGUUUAAUAGGCAGAGACACGAUGAAAGGCUAAAACGGGGUGGUGAGCAGAAGUCUGUGGUAAUUCUUUCUCACAACCCGUUUUCUAGUGUCUUUAGACCUUUGCUGCAGAUCAUGGGUCCUUUGUACUUUGACAUUGGAAAGAAAGCCCUUAAUUUUAUUGCUGCUUAUGUAUCAAUGUGGCCUGCUCCUGUACCUGGUCAGUUAAUGGAGCUUCCAAUUGGUAAUGCUACUCUUAAAGUGAACUUGCCACCUGCCCAUUGUAUGCCUUUGGAUUGUGGAGUACUUUUUGAAGAGUUGGCUUCACCAAUAGCCCCGUUUCUUCCUUCCAAUCAAUCAGUUCCACAAGGUCUUUUCCAUGAUGCAGAUCUUUUUGGGACAUUUAGGGGACUUCUAAUGCAGCUUUGGAAGUUAUGGGAAUUGUUACUUAUUGGAGAACCCAUGCUUAUCAUAGCGCCAACGCCACCUCAGUGUUGUGAAGCUGUUGCUGGUUUGGUUAGUUUGGUUGCUCCGCUUCUUUGUAGCAUUGAUUUCAGGCCUUACUUUACUAUUCAUGACCCCGAUUUUGCUCGUUUAAACUCCCUUCAAGAAGGUGCUGCUUUUCCUCCAAUGAUUUUGGGUGUGACAAACCUCUUUUUCUUGAAAGCCCUUCGAAGCAUUCCACACGUCUUAUCGGUUGGAAAUCCUACCAUGAACGCAACUCGACUUCCAUUUGCUGCUAGAGCUUCAACUGGCAGAAUUCCGGCUGGACCUGAAGGACUUAGUCUUCCUAAUCUUUCCUUGAGGAAAUUUGCGCCUUCAAAUUUUUUGAAUGCUAUGAAAUUGAGGAGAGAUGGUCCACUCUGCCUGAUGACUGAGCACAAGGAAGCCAUUUGGAGCAGUUACGCUCCAAUUACAAAGCCAGACACUUCAAUCUUGAAUAGGCUAAUUGAUGCAGGUUUGUCACCCAGGGUAGAGGAAUCAAUGUCAGUUGUUAAUAAUGACAUACUUCGUCGGCACUUCUUAGAGCUGACAACCAACUUCUUGGCCCCAUUUGGCCCAUAUUAUAGACUAACAACACCUUCUGAAGGAUCUUCUCCAUAUAUUGAUCCUCCUCCUCUACCCACAUUUAAUGCUGAGGACUUCCUCGCUAGCUUAUCUGCAAGGGGUCCUGGAAAGUUUCUGUUGAAGAGGAUGAAAUCCAACUGGCUGGACCUUUACAGGCGGUUUCUGAAAGGGCACAACUUUUUGCCUUGGUUUCAACGAAAGCGUGCUGUUGCUGAACAAGAACAGUAUAGGCUGUGGAGGCAAGCUAGAAUGAGGGCUGACAUUCAACAGUUGAUAUCUAGAAUGUCUGAGUUGGAGAUAGUUGAUACGUUUAAUGCAAUUGAGAGGCAUCUUCUUGGAGAAAUGCAGCAGUCGAGCACUACUGAGGCAGGUUCUGAUGCCACUUGCUCCAAACUAAGGGGGGAUCUUCAGGCAGUGUUUAAUGUCCUUCCAAAGGACGUGCAGCAGCUUAUGCUAAUGAACCCUGAGAGGGCAGCACUUGUACAAGGAAAUCAUGAUGGUGAACUUCCCUCUAAUUCAACCAGGUGACACAAGCUUAUGAGACGGAUAGAAUCAGACAGCCGAGUGGAGAGUUAAAUGAUGCCGCUAGAAGAUGUAGAAUCAGUCAUGUCCUCUUCUCCGCUGUAAUUUCUUGCAGGAGCUGGACUUCUCAAUGAUUCUGCUGUAAGAUAACUUUGGCAAAGAACCCUGGUUUUUUGAAGCUGUGCGGUGGACUGAGAUUACAUUCUUCUUCUAAAUUGGUAUUCGAAUGUUUCCAGGGAAUGAUUGUUAUAAGAUGUUUCAGGAUGAGUGGAAAUCUGCUUUUUAACUCACUACUGAAAGGGAAAGCGAUUUCUCGAUAUUACAGAAACAAAUUAUGAGCCCUUUCGCUGUAAAACUCCAGCUUUGUCUCCGCAUUUCUGUUUAAAUCUUUCUUAAUGAAGUGUAUCCUCUUUGGUUUUUGUUUC